AUGGCAUCGGGAUAUGGUUAUAGUGGUGGACAAUCACGUUGUUAUCCAUUUUGGCAGCAAUUUCUGGGAUGUUAUGCAUCUUUAGAUGAAACAAAAGAAAAACAAGUAUGCAUCGAAGAAAUGGAAGACUAUUUGGAAUGUUUACAUCAUGCUAAAGAAAUUCGACGUCUAAAGGCAAUUCAACAUGAAAUAGAACGAAAGGCAUCAGCCAAAAAAGAUUCAACAACUUAA